AUGGUAGCAACUGGUUACACCAAUCCUAUAGCAGUGGCAAUGGUACACGGAAGUGUUAUUGUUGCUGAAAGAAUGGGAAACGUUUACUGCCUAGACCUGCAUUCAAAGUUGCAAGUUAAGGUUGCGACAAUGAAAAAGGCUGACAUGGAAGCAUUUGUCGCCAGACAUAAGAUACACGUUGAUCACCAACAUGCCAAAAAUCAUAGCCGAGAAGAGUUGAAGUCCGCCAUAAAUCAAUUCCUGCAGAGUAAUAAGAAAAGUGUGACUAGCAAGGGAACAAAGUUGGAUCUGGAACCAUGCGUGAAAACACCAGUGGCAGUAACAAGCUUUGCUGGUGAAAUUCUAUUCAUUGCUGAUACUGGAACCAAGAGACUAGUAGAAGUAAGAGUUGAGAAAGCUGAUUUUAAGCUAGAGUGUCACGUACAAACGGUUGUGAACUUAAAAGAUAACAUCAAUCCAACCGGAUUAUGUGUCAUUGAGGGACAGCACAAGCUGUUGCUUUCUGAUUCCGGAACAUUUGGGGGCCUUCUCGUAAUUAACCUGGAAGAUGGCACAACACAAAAACUCUUGAAAAAUGGAAGUACCUUGUGUUCCCAAAUUUACGGAGUGAGUUUGAGUGGUCAUUCAGAUAUUUUCACAGACACCAAAUCACACACGUUGAAACGGUUUUCUCUUGAAGCAUCUGUCUUAGGUGGAACGAGGGUAGUCCAGAAAGUCGACAAAAUCAUUGGUAAUGGCACAAGUGGAACAGAGGAUGGACUCAUUGGUGUAGCAAGGGUGUCCCACCCAAUGGGGAUAACUACUGAGAAAGGAACAAUAUUUUUCGUUGACACAGGCAGCAAAAGUGUCAGGCUUAUCACCAAGAUAUCGACUUUAAUAAAAUACAUCAGAAUAAUGGAAGACAUCUACCGUGCGUUCUAUAUCCAUUCUGGCAUUCUUGGUCAUGCGGAGCUGCCAUCACUAUUGAAAGCCGAACAACGCAUUGAGAAAGCCGACAAAACGUUAACGCAAAUGCUUCAAAAUGCCAAGGCCAAGUUCAAAGUUUCAGGAGUCAUGCAAGGGCCGCAAGGAACCCCAGCGAGAAGACAGUAG